CAUUGUAACAGGUGUCGUCAGUUUUUGUCUGUUUGAUAACUUUACACCAUGCCUGAGCUGGCUAAAUCUGCUCCUGCUUCCAAGAAGGGUUCUAAGAAGGCGGUGACCAAGGCCCAGAAGAAGGAUGGCAAGAAGCGCAAGCGCAGCCGCAAGGAGAGCUACUCUGUGUACGUGUACAAGGUGCUGAAACAGGUCCACCCGGACACUGGCAUUUCGUCCAAGGCCAUGGGUAUCAUGAACUCGUUCGUCAAUGACAUCUUUGAGCGCAUUGCGGGCGAGGCGUCGCGCCUGGCGCAUUACAACAAACGCUCGACCAUCACGUCCAGAGAGAUCCAGACGGCCGUACGCCUGCUGCUGCCCGGGGAGCUAGCCAAGCACGCCGUGUCCGAGGGUACCAAGGCUGUCACCAAGUACACCAGCUCCAAGUAAAUGUUUCCAGGUGCUGUUAAACCCAAAGGCUCUUUUCAGAGCCACUCACACUUGCAAAAGGGGCUCUAA